AUAUUUGUUCCCAGCCGCCAUAAAACAAUCAGAAGAAGCUGCUUGGUGUGUUUGUUUGUUGUGUUUCGAUUUUCCCACUUGGUGAUGGAUAUUUUACUUUCAUUAAAAUAUUAAACCUGGUAUUUCAAAUUCACGAGAGAGCGAAGAUAGGCAGAAGGAGGCAACGUCCAUGUGUUUUAAGUCUAUGAGGGGAAGCAUCUUUUCAAAUGGCUGAAACAUGGAACAACCCCAGAAGAUAAGGGACCUCCGCCGCUACGAAACAGCAUGGGAAGACAAAGUGUCAUGGGUUAAAGGUGUCGAUGACCCACACAAAGCAUUUUGCACUGUGUGCUGCCGAGAAAUAACAAUUGGCUAUGGUGGCUUCCGAGAUAUCAUUCGGCAUGAAAAGGCAGCCAAACACAUAAAUGCUAUAUCGAAAGGAGCUAGCAAUUUUGGCACAUUCUCCGUCACAUGUACCGCAAAUAACAUUGAUGCUGACUGCACAGUUAAAUAUGGGAAUGGGCAGGACUUACGUGCUGAUAAGAAGAUGCACUUGAGCAGAACUAGAGAGCAGCCGACCUCCAAGAAUGUCUCAGGAGAGAGCACUGUGGGGAAAAUUGUGUCAGACCCUCCUACAGAUCUGGCGUCUUCCUUGCGGAUGUGGGUCCCACCUCUGAGGCUACUGUCUGCGUCCAUUUGGCAAGUUGUCCAGCAGCGCCAAGUCCAGUCCUACAACAGGGUGGAGGAGUUUGUUUCUGUUGUUUUGGAGUUGGUCCCUGACCUACUGAGCACUGGGGAAAAGAUUGUAUUGCUUCUUGGCCUGAGAGCAAAGUUUGCUAUAGAUUCAUGCCAUCAUCAGCCAGCAAGGACCUUCCAGAUGAUGUCAUCACAGCUGGAAAGAGUCUUGAGGAUUUCUGACAUCGCUUCCAGUGAUGGGGAUAUGAGGCAGACAGUAGAUGCUGCUGUCAAGAACUUAAAGGAACUCAUCCAGAGCCUUGCGGACAGUCCUGAAUAUAGUAGGCAAUACUUCCAGGACAUAUACCCAUUCCAUUAUGGUCCAAGCUAUGACGCAGCUCUGCAGUUGCUGGUGUGGGAAUUCCUCUCUCGGCUGGAAAUGUUACUACCAGUGCCGAGCUUCCAUCAGGUAGUGUCUUUAUUUGACGAGGACCCUUUGCUCUUGGAGGAAUUUCUACAAGUAGGUGAUGACCCACAGCCCAUUCAGGAGUUUUUGCUUCACAACAAACAUUUUACACGUCUGCUGUCAGGUCAGUUCAUUGCUUAG